GAGGUUGUUUCCCCAAAUAUAAUCUUGGGUAAGGUUUGUUCUGUAGACAAUACGAGUACUUCGCAAAGCUUUACACAUUUCCUUCUGGAGUGUUGUAUUCCACACUGAAAUUGCAGAAACAAAAUAUAUUUUCCAAACCCUUGCAAAACCAUUAUCACAACUCAGGCCUGUGAGCUCAAUUGACUGCAGCCAUGGCGACCGUAAUGCAGAAAAUUAAAGAUAUCGAAGAUGAGAUGGCAAGAACACAAAAAAAUAAAGCCACAGCCCAUCAUUUGGGAUUGCUAAAGGCCAAACUUGCUAAACUACGACGAGAAAUCCUUGCUCCUCCGACAAAAGGAGGGGGAGGUGCUGGUGAAGGUUUUGAUGUUACUAAAAGUGGGGAUGCUCGAGUUGGCCUUGUGGGCUUCCCAUCAGUUGGAAAGUCAACCCUUCUUAAUAAGUUGACGGGUACAUUUUCUGAGGUGGCAUCAUACGAGUUCACCACUCUUACAUGCAUUCCUGGUGUCAUUCGCUAUCGAGGUGCAAGGAUUCAGUUACUGGAUCUUCCAGGGAUUAUUGAAGGUGCAAAAGAUGGAAAAGGAAGAGGAAGGCAGGUCAUCAGUACUGCUCGAACAUGCAAUUGCAUUUUAAUAGUGCUUGAUGCUAUUAAGCCAAUUACUCACAAACGCCUGAUAGAAAAGGAGCUUGAAGGUUUUGGAAUAAGGCUGAACAAGGAACCUCCUAAUCUGACAUUUAGGAAGAAGGACAAGGGUGGAAUAAACUUCACAUCUACUUCAACCAAUACAAACUUGGACCUUGAAACUGUUAAGGCCAUCUGUGGAGAAUACAGAAUUCACAAUGCUGAUAUAUCUCUACGCUAUGAUGCCACUGCAGAUGAUCUUAUUGAUGUGAUUGAAGGUAGUCGUAUAUAUAUGCCUUGCAUAUAUGUUAUUAACAAGGUUGACCAAAUUACUCUCGAGGAGUUGGAGAUCUUGGACAAGCUUCCACACUACUGUCCGGUCAGUGCUCACUUGGAAUGGAAUUUGGAUGGCCUGCUGGAGAAAGUGUGGGAGUAUUUGGAUUUAACUCGAAUAUAUACAAAGCCAAAGGGGCUCAAUCCUGAUUAUGAAGAUCCUGUCAUACUUUCAUCAAAAAGGCGGACUGUUGAAGAUUUCUGCAUCCGCAUUCACAAGGAUAUGUUAAAACAGUUUAAGUAUGCAUUGGUAUGGGGUUCCAGUGCAAAGCACAAACCACAAAGAGUUGGGAAGGAUCAUGAAUUGGAGGAUGAGGAUGUCGUGCAGAUCAUAAAGAAAAUGUAGCAAAAUUUUCUGCUAUGAUGCUGUAAGCUUCUCAAACAAAGGGGGAGCUUUACCAUCACUUACUCAUGUUCUGAAAGUGCUGCUGAUGUUCACUAGCAUCGAUGACCAAUUUUUACUGAAGCAAUUCUUCCAUUGGUCAUAUUCAUGGAUUACAAAUAGUCAAAUGUUAUAGAGGCAGCUUGACACUGCAAAUAUUUAUCUCAGAUAAAUAUGUUGUCAUGUAAGAGGUUUAUGACAUUAUAUGGGUCGUAGAAGCUUGCUUGGAUCCUUUUGAUGAUUGUGGUUUCAUGGCCCCUGCUUGUAAGGGGACUGGGACUGCAUGAUUUUUCUGUGCUUCUGAUGUUUUAUAUCGAAAAUCUCUUGGUCUCCUCCUCAAAUUGGUAUGUUUUUUGGGCCAUGUUGUGUUUUCUUUGAAUUUUUCUGUAUGUCAUUAGGUUUGGAGCACAAUGUAAGAAAAAACUAUAAUUUCCUUUUUUUCUGCAUCUCUCAUAAUUUGCAAGAUACUCUACAAAGAUUAGAAUU